GCUGGCUUCCUCUUUCACCGCUCAAUCUUUAACACAUCAGAGAUAAAACAUAACACGUUCUCAGUGUCUAAUCAUUUACAUGGUAAAACAAGGGGUAUAAAAAUGGACGGACACUUUUGGAUGUCUACAAUGAGCUGAUCUUUGAAUACAUUGCCAUUUUUACCCGUUGAGAUGGACGUUUGGUCUCCUAAACUGCACCUCGCUGCGUGGACAGUGAUGCGCCUCCUCUGUGUGUUUUCUCAUGAGGUGACGGUGAGCCACUCUGACCUGAAGCCGUGUAAGGAGGACAACCGAGUGUGUGUCACUGACAACAGAGACUGUGGCCCUCGACCGCUGGCAUCUAUACAGAACACCCUGAACAUGUCCUGUGGCUACCAGCAUACACACAGAUCCAUGACAUGUGAGUGGAGUCAGGAGUCAAACAGCCACACUAAGUCUCACGUCUCUCUCAUCUUCAGCAGAGAAUACAGAGUCUUGUCCUGUCCAGCGAUCUUUGCCCCGUUGUCUGUCCUCAGCGUUACAGCCAGGAUCAAAAACUACAUGACAGGAACGGAGAUCUGGUCCCAACCUCAAACUGUCUCUCUCCAUCAGGCAGUCAAGCCCUCUCAGCCUGUAUUAACUGUCCUUGGCUCCACUGAGGACUCUGUGAUUGUGUCUUGGAGAAGCAGCGGUGACGGCGGCUGUCGGCUUCGCUACAGAGUCGACAGCACUGACACAUGGACCCAGGCUCUAUAUUUUGUCCCUGCCCAGGAAGAUCAGACAUUGACCUACACGAUCCAAGACCUCCUGAUGUCUGCCAUCUACAGGGCUGCUGUGGCCUGCAGAUCUAAGUCAGGCAUCUGGGGUGACUGGAGCUCUGAUGUCAGUGCGAGGACGCUAGGCAGGGUGCCCUCCAGGCCUCCAGAGGUGUGUUACAGAGUGGAGAAAAAUGACUCUAGUGGAUCUUUUCUCCUUCAUCUCAUAUGGAAGGACCUUCACCUCCGUGAUGCCAGAAGUCAUAUCCUUGGAUACCAGGUGAGCUACGAGCCGGUGAAGAGGCAGCCGCUGCAGGACAGGUUCAUUCAGAACGUCACAGAGGUGAUGGCGGUCCUGGUGGUGGAGGAGGGGGACUACAGCGUCACAGUUACAGCCUUCAACAUGGCCGGCUAUGGACCUGCUGCACAUCUCUGCAUUGACACACAAAGACAGCACACCCCCCUGUCAGUCAGAAACUUGUGGGUUUCCAGUUCCCUCCCAGCUGUUAAAGGCCUUCUGGUGCAGUGGGAGAACCCCCCAGUCUCAUCCUCUGUCCCACCUGUCAGUCAGCUUGCUGUUCAGUGGCACUCUGAGACUCGUCCAUCCACCAGCCGCUGGAACACAGUGGACAACUUCACCACCUCCACUGUCAUACAAGACGUUGACCCUGAUGAGUCGUACUUGAUCAGUGUGUUCCCCAUCUACAACCAGCAGUGUGGAUCUCCUCGGUCACUGCGUGCCAGUCUGCAGCAGGGAGCUCUGAUGGAGGCGGUCCAAUUGAAGGUGAUGGGCGUGACCAAAACCACUGUGACAGUGAUGUGGGUGUGGCAAAGAACAUCUGGACCAAUGAGGGUGAACAGAUACGAGGUGACGCUGAGCAAAGACUCGGAGAAACAAACUCUGUCUCUGUGGCCGGACCAAUGUCAGCACACCUUCCUCAACCUGACACCCAACACUGAGUAUACUCUUCGCUUAUUGGCCGAUGAUGUUUCCAGGAGCCUCAUCUUAGUGAGAACAGCCUUUGAUGAGGUCCCAGCGGUGGCUGCAGUGACUCCUCUGCUGCUGUUGGCUGUUACUGUGUUCAUCAUCUCCAUCCUGUCCAGGACUCUGUACAAGUCGUACUUCUUCCCGCCCAUCUCCAGCCCGCGGGGCAGUACGACAGGCAAGUGGCUGAUGGACCCAAACCACCAGCAGAAAACUGCAGGGAGGAACAUCCUGGACAUCGAGGACUUCCAGGUGACAGAUGUACUCGGAGAGAAGAGUCUCAUCACGGUCGGUUUGACGUCCCAGCCCUCCUCAGAAGAGGACCUACAUGAAGACACCUCUCUGCUGUCCAUCAGCCACCUCAUCAUCAAACUGUCAGCCCUGGAACUGGACCCAGAGUAUAUUUCUGAUGCUCCAGUGGUCACACAGCACCCACUGGUUUCUCUCCAGCCCUAUCAUUCUGACUACCCAGUGAACUUCCAUCAUCCCAACAACCAAGAGGCAAACACUGCCCUGCUGUGUCACACACGUGAAGCCAUCGGCCACUUUCCUCAAGAAGAGGAAAAAGGCGGACAGGUGGACUUAUCUGAGCCGUCACAUCAGAUACACGCUGUUGUGAAAUGUCCUUUUCUUGACUUGAUUGCUAAAGGUCACAGUGUUUAUCACAUGACCUGUGAGGACGAUUACUUAGUGAACUCAUUUCUGGAAAAAACAGAAGUGUAAACAAUGAGUGGACAAUGUCCUUGUUUGAUCUGUCAAACUGAUUAAAACUGUUGCUUAAGCACAAAAAAACUGCAGAUGAAGACUGAAUCAACAACUUCAGGGCUGCAUGUGGGAAAAUAAGAGUUGAAGACUGUGAAAACAUGCUCCCUGUGAUUAUAACAUCUGUCACACUGCAGAAAAACUAAACAGAGAACUGAAGCUGAGCGCACACAAUUUGUACGAUUUUAGUCCAUUCCUGACCCGAUUGGCACAACUCAUUUUAGACUUUCACUAAUAGCGUCCAGCUGUCAGAGCUUUCAAUGAAUUUGUGAUAUGUCAGAAAUGUUGGAUGAGAGAUUCCCCAAGAGCGGCUUUUUUUCUCACCUUGCCUGUGUAAAGUGGCGAACAGAGUGUCUGAAAGGUGCCAUGGCAACAUGACUCGGCAUAUGGACAGAAAAUAUGAAGGCCAGGUUGGUUGAGCCGUGUUAACAGCAUACGGAGCCAUACACAUGCAAUGUCUUUAACCGCCUGGAAAACACAAGGUUGGGUGAUAUGGCCGGUAUACACUGUGCGAUUUUGGGCUGUACCAGACGAAAGAUGACCAUGGUGGGAGAAACGUGGCGAUAUCUUUGGUCGUGGCUCUAAAACAGUGGUCUUACGUCGCACUGUGAGACAGGUUCAAGGACGGCCGUUGUCAACGUCUUGUGAACAUAGAUAACCGGAGAUAAAAUUCUGACAGUGUCAGAAAUUUAGGAUGACUAUCUCACAGUGUGACAGCUGCUACAACCUACAUCUACUUAUCAAUCAGAAAUGCAGCCCGAAAUGACGCAAUGGUCACUGCGACACUGGCACUAAACCCAAACAAAUGAUCGCUUGCCAUGGAGGUAAAACGAACAAAAAGAAGUGUGUGGAACUCCCAGAGAAAGGAAAGUUUGGUGGAGCUGUGGCAGCAGAAGCCUUGUUUAUCUGAUGUUUCCUCCAGCUGCUGUCAUGGCCGCCAGAAAAAAGACGCUACAUGGAAGGAAAUUGCAGAGGAACUGCAACUUCGCUGAUGCAGUGCACGGUGAUGACGUUGCAUAUUGACGUACGUCGUAACCUGCGAUUCAGUAGUAAACAGCCAUCAUACAAUCUGCACACAUCAAACUUGACAUCGUACCAAAGUUUAUUAGAUCCACGUCUCACAGUGUGUCAUGCAGUAGUCUUAUAAGAUUGCUAAAAUCGCACAGUGUAUAGAGGACAUUACUUUUGUGCCUUUUGUGAGCCAGCUUUCAAGAGCGUGGCGACAAGCUGCGUCUGAGGUUACUAAGCAACCUUAAUUAAUACUGUAUCAUAGCCUAUUUACCUGAAAUCCUGAGUGCAGAGCUGAUCUUCUUUCAGGCGCUGUUUUUAAGUGUGUGGUCGUGUCCUCUGUGAGACAGUUGAAAAGCUCUGGCAGCCCUGCACUGACACGAUCAACUUUUCCAUAUUGACCACAGACUGAUAUUUACAGAGGAAGGGAAAGAUUUCUGUCAGCUGUGAUUGGUUGUCCCUUGUAACAUGACAGGUGGUAUGCACUGCUGCAUUCCAAAAGCUGAACUUGGUUUAUCUCGGGGUACAGCAGUCCAGCCCUAAAAAACAGGCGCUCGGGAACACGUGUGCCACGACAGCAUUGCUCUGGCUCUCAAGCAUGCCUGCUGUGCGUCUUCAUUAGAAACAAUGAAUUUGAAGGCACACACACGGCAUGUUUACGGCCCCGAUUCAAGUGUCUAUGAUGUUCCCUCCCCCUCCCAUCAUGACCAAAAGAAACAGCAGUAAUGCAUUAUUGUAAACUGCACUGGUGUAACGUUAUAGACCUCCAUGCAAGCAAACUUCGAUCUGUACGGUGCUUUUCAACAAAUCUUUAUUUACAAAUGUCUCCAUUAAUCAUGAGCUUUGGCUUUAGAUCGCAGACGACUGACUGGUACAGUAGGAGUUGGAAUUGACCUUUUGCUAAGCCCCGCCCCUUUGUGAUGGUCCAUCAAGCUGUUGGAGCUAGCAUGGAGCCCACACUGUAGCUAUUUGCACUCCCUGAUGAAAUAUUGCCAUAUCUAUGGACAAAUGAAACAGUGAUUCCAGAGAGAAGUAGACAGAGAGGGUCUACAGUUUGUGUCUGAAGGAUAUAUCCAGGAUGUCAAACUGACUCAGCAGCAACAACAGGUUAAAAAGACAAAGAUAGUUAGUUAGAAGCUAAAACCUACAGAUCACAGUGUAAUAGUAAACCAUCACAUCAUCUGGAUAUUGAGUUAGAAGACAAUGAAAAUAAAGGGAAACUUUGCCAAUAUUCAACCAGCUGUGUGACAUAAUCCUACAAAUCAGCUGGAUAUUACUCUCUUCAUCAGAAUAGCAGUAAUCACCAUAAUUAUUUGGUAUCCUUGUCCUCGCUAAUAUUUUCUGCUUUGCUUGUGAUUAUUUUUACUCAACUGGUGUCAAAGAACUUGUUGAACUUCUGGUUUCUGGUUUUGGUGAGAAAGCUCUCACACAAACCUCAUAGUGUCUGUUACAGAUCAUUUUUGUUUUAUAUUUGUCCGUGUAUUAAUCGAUUGUCAUAAACUUGCUAAAUAUUACAAAAUUUUCUUUGUGUAAGGAUGCUGUGCUCAUUUUUUCUCUUCUUUCUCUUGUGCAGGUCAGGGUGAAUUCAUGUCUGUUAACAUCCACUUCAUGCUGUCGGUCUAAGAUCGACUUUGUCAGCUUCAGCUGUAACUUAGCCUACAGUUAGCAUGUUAGCCUACAGUUAGCUCCUUAUCAGCUAAUUUCCAGUGUUACAAUUGGUGAUGUUUCUCAAAUAUUAUUCAGUACUUUAUCAGGGUCACCUUCAUGUUCCCAGGGUCCUAUGUCUCUUGAAAUAAAAUAAAAUAAAAUAAAAUGAAAUAGACAAUGGUAAGCACUAGCUUCACAGAUAGCAACAGAAUGAUGCAAGAUAUGUGUUUCAAAUGUAGUUUGAAAGAUUAAAAUCUGAUCAGCCAGUGUGAAGAUAUUAAAGUCCAAAGUCAAGAAAACAAAUUUAAGGGCAUUGAUUUCAAAGAAUAUCAGUGGGUUGUGAUCUUUACGUGAAUUUUAACAUUUUGACCAGGGGGAAACACCCCACCCAAAAACAUGACAAAGAAUAAAAAACCGUUUGAAAGAUCUCCUUAAUAUGUCAUAUUACCAGGAUACUGAGCUGGGAAACAUAGAUACGUUCCCCACUUUAUCCCAUUAAUGUUGCCACAAUAACCUGCUAAUAUAACACGGAAUGCUAGCUUAAUAGCAUGUGGCAUAAAUGCAAAAACAGACU